AAGCUGAUUGGGUGUGGCCGCCGUGACCGGACGCCGCUCGGGGGGACGUGGGAGGGGAGGCGGGAAACAGCAUAGUGGGUGUGGGGUCGCGCAGUUCCUUCUGCCAGGAGGUGAGGAGGUUCCGACAUGGCGGUGCAACCUAAGGAGACGCUGCAGCUGGAGAGCGCGGCCGAGGUCGGCUUCGUGCGAUUCUUUCAGAGCAUGCCGGAGAAACCGACCACCACGGUGCGCCUUUUCGACCGGGGCGACUUCUAUACGGCUCACAGCGAGGACGCGCUGCUGGCCGCCCGGGAGGUGUUCAAGACCCAGGGGGUGAUCAAGUAUAUGGGGCCGGCAGGAGCAAAGAAUCUGCAGAGUGUUGUGCUUAGUAAAAUGAAUUUUGAAUCUUUUGUAAAAGAUCUUCUUCUGGUUCGUCAGUAUAGAGUUGAAGUUUAUAAGAACAGAGCUGGAAAUAAGGCAUCCAAGGAGAAUGAUUGGUAUUUGGCAUAUAAGGCUUCUCCUGGCAAUCUAUCUCAGUUUGAAGACAUUCUCUUUGGUAACAAUGAUAUGUCAGCUUCCAUUGGUGUUGUGGGUGUUAAAAUGUCCACAGUUGAUGGCCAGAGACAGGUUGGAGUUGGGUAUGUGGAUUCCAUACAGAGGAAGCUAGGACUGUGUGAAUUCCCUGAUAAUGAUCAGUUCUCCAAUCUUGAGGCUCUCCUCAUCCAGAUUGGACCAAAGGAAUGUGUUUUACCUGGAGGAGAGACUGCUGGAGACAUGGGGAAACUGAGACAGAUUAUUCAAAGAGGAGGGAUUCUGAUCACAGAAAGAAAAAAAGCUGACUUUUCCACGAAAGACAUUUAUCAGGACCUCAACCGGCUGUUGAAAGGCAAAAAGGGAGAACAGAUGAAUAGUGCUGUAUUGCCAGAAAUGGAGAAUCAGGUUGCAGUUUCAUCAUUGUCUGCGGUAAUCAAGUUUUUAGAACUCUUAUCAGAUGAUUCCAAUUUUGGACAGUUUGAACUGACUACUUUUGACUUCAGCCAGUACAUGAAAUUGGAUAUUGCAGCAGUCAGAGCCCUUAACCUUUUUCAGGGUUCUGUUGAAGAUACCACUGGCUCUCAGUCUCUGGCUGCCUUGCUGAAUAAGUGUAAAACCCCUCAAGGACAAAGACUUGUUAACCAGUGGAUUAAGCAGCCUCUCAUGGAUAAAAACAGAAUAGAGGAGAGGGUCACAUUUCCUAUUGUAUUUUGCCACCACCUGCCCUGGGAGCAACAGUGUGUGUUUAUUGAACAUCCUUCCAAGCAGAGUCUGGGCCUAUACAAGCAAAACAAAUUGAAUUUAGUGGAAGCUUUUGUAGAAGAUGCAGAAUUGAGGCAGACUUUACAAGAAGAUUUACUUCGUCGAUUCCCAGAUCUUAACCGACUUGCCAAGAAGUUUCAAAGACAAGCAGCAAACUUACAAGAUUGUUACCGGCUCUAUCAGGGUAUAAAUCAACUACCCAAUGUUAUACAGGCUCUGGAAAAACAUGAAGGAAAACACCAGAAAUUAUUGUUGGCAGUUUUUGUGACUCCUCUUACUGAUCUUCGUUCUGAUUUCUCCAAGUUUCAGGAAAUGAUAGAAACAACUUUAGAUAUGGAUCAGGUAGAAAACCAUGAAUUCCUUGUAAAACCUUCAUUUGAUCCUAAUCUCAGUGAAUUAAGAGAAAUAAUGAAUGACUUGGAAAAGAAGAUGCAGUCAACAUUAAUAAGUGCAGCCAGAGAUCUUGGCUUGGACCCUGGCAAACAGAUUAAACUGGAUUCCAGUACACAGUUUGGAUAUUACUUUCGUGUAACCUGUAAGGAAGAAAAAGUCCUUCGUAACAAUAAAAACUUUAGUACUGUAGAUAUCCAGAAGAACGGUGUUAAAUUUACCAACAGCAAAUUGACUUCUUUAAAUGAAGAGUAUACCAAAAAUAAAACAGAAUAUGAAGAAGCCCAGGAUGCCAUUGUUAAAGAAAUUGUCAAUAUUUCUUCAGGCUAUGUAGAACCAAUGCAAACACUCAAUGAUGUAUUAGCUCAGCUAGAUGCUGUUGUCAGCUUUGCUCAUGUGUCAAAUGGAGCACCUGUUCCAUAUGUACGACCAGCCAUUUUGGAGAAAGGACAAGGAAGAAUUAUAUUAAAAGCAUCCAGGCAUGCUUGUGUUGAAGUUCAAGAUGAAAUCACGUUUAUUCCUAAUGAUAUAUACUUUGAAAAAGAUAAACAGAUGUUCCACAUAAUUACUGGCCCCAAUAUGGGAGGUAAAUCUACAUAUAUUCGACAAACUGGGGUGAUAGUACUCAUGGCCCAAAUUGGGUGUUUUGUGCCAUGUGAGUCUGCAGAAGUGUCCAUUGUGGACUGCAUCUUGGCCCGGGUAGGGGCUGGUGACAGUCAGUUGAAAGGAGUCUCCACAUUCAUGGCUGAAAUGUUGGAAACUGCUUCUAUUCUCAGGUCGGCAACCAAAGAUUCAUUAAUAAUCAUAGAUGAAUUGGGAAGAGGAACUUCUACCUACGAUGGAUUUGGGUUAGCAUGGGCUAUAUCAGAAUACAUUGCAACAAAGAUUGGUGCUUUUUGCAUGUUUGCAACCCAUUUUCAUGAGCUUACUGCCUUGGCCAAUCAGAUACCAACUGUUAAUAAUCUACAUGUCACAGCACUCACCACUGAAGAGACCUUAACUAUGCUUUAUCAGGUGAAGAAAGGUGUCUGUGAUCAAAGUUUUGGGAUUCAUGUUGCAGAGCUUGCUAAUUUCCCUAAGCAUGUAAUAGAGUGUGCUAAACAGAAAGCCCUGGAACUCGAAGAGUUUCAGUAUAUUGGAGAAUCACAAGGAUAUGGUAUGGAACCAGCAGCAAAGAAGUGCUAUCUGGAAAGAGAGCAAGGUGAAAAAAUUAUUCAGGAGUUCCUGUCCAAGGUGAAACAAAUGCCCUUUACUGAAAUGUCAGAAGAAAACAUCACAAUAAAGUUAAAACAGCUAAAAGCUGAAGUAAUAGCAAAGAAUAAUAGCUUUGUAAAUGAAAUCAUUUCACGAAUAAAAGUUACUACGUGAAAAAUCCCAGUAAUGGAAUGAAGGUAAUAUUGAUAAGCUAAUUGUCUGUGAUACUUUUAUAUUGUUUUAUAUUAAUUCUUUUUCCAUAGUGUUAACUGUCAGUGCCCAUGGGCUAUCAACUUAAUAUUUAGUAAUAUUUGUCUCUGAGGACAUUUUCAAAGAUCUUUAUUUUGAAAAAUGAGAGCUGUAACUGAGGACUGUUAGCAAUUGACAUAGGCAAUAAUAAGUGAUGUGCUGAAUUUUAUAAAUAAAAUCAUGUAGUUUGUGGAAUUUGA